AUGGAUACAGACGCCGGAUUCAUCGCAGCUGUGGAGGAGGCCAGAAACGGCGGUGCCGAGGGCGGCGUCCCUAUCGGCGCGGCACUCGUAGGAAAAGAUGGAACGAUUCUUGGCAGGGGACAUAAUAUGCGUGUGCAGAAGGGUAGUGCGACAUUACAUGGCGAGAUAUCGGCCCUCGAGAAUUCUGGCCGUUUACCUGCCUCGGCGUACGAAGGCGCUACAAUGUACACGACUUUGUCGCCGUGUGAUAUGUGCACGGGUGCUUGUAUCUUGUACAAAGUUAAGCGGGUGGUGAUUGGUGAGAACAGAAAUUUCGUUGGUGGAGAGGAGUACCUCAAAAGUCGCGGGGUGGAAGUUGUGGUUUUGGAUAACGAGGAGUGUAAGCAGUUGAUGGAGAAGUUUAUUAAGGAAAAGCCUGAGCUCUGGUAA